AAGAUCGUGGAAACCCAAUUCCCACCCAUUUUCCCACAUUCACCGCGUAAUCCGGGUUUUUCCUUUCCUCUUUUCUUUCUCUCCUCUCUCUAAAAAUGAAAAUUUGCAUGUUUCUCUCCCCAACAUGAAAACCAUUUUCUCAGAUUUUUGUGGAGAAUCUUCAUAAUUUUAUUGUUUCAUGGAAUAUGAAGUUACCCAAUUGUGUUUCUCAACUGGCUGAUUCAAAAAGCAGGAGAUCAUGUGUUUGCAGCAUUUUUCCCACAGCUUCUGUGCUUUGUCUAAUGUUUUUCAUAGGGAGUGUAUUAAUAGGACAAGAUUAUUCAGAGAAAUUAUCGAGAUGGGGGAUGAGUACUGGUAUGCUGAAUUCAGUAUCUAACAAAUGUGAGAACCAAUGCAGGGCUAAUGGUAGUGAGGCAUUACCUAAAGGUAUUGUUGUCACUUCUUCGGACUUGGAUAUGCGACCAUUAUGGGGCUUUCCAAAGAAGAGAAAAGAUCUUAAAAGGAACUUAUUAGCAGUGGCUGUCGGAGUAAAGCAAAAAGAUCUUGUGAAUAAAAUGGUUGAAAAGUUUCUAUCAUAUGGUUUCGUUGUGAUGCUUUUCCAUUAUGAUGGGGUUGUGGACGAAUGGAAGGAUUUCAAAUGGUGUGACCGGGUCCUUCAUGUAGCUGCAAUCAAUCAAACAAAAUGGUGGUUUGCAAAGCGUUUCUUACAUCCCGAAAUAGUGGCAGAGUACAAUUACAUUUUUCUUUGGGAUGAGGACCUAGGAGUUACAGAUUUCAACCCUCGGCGGUAUGUAGCAACUGUUCAAAGAGAAGGACUUGAGAUAUCCCAGCCAGCACUCGAUGGUAGCAAGUCAGAGGUGCAUCAUCAAAUUACUCUACGUGGGAGGAGAUCGGAUGUGCACAGACGGAUUUUCAAGUCUAGCGGUAGCGGGAAAAUAUGUGAUGAAAACAGCACAGCUCCUCCUUGCACUGGGUGGAUAGAAGUGAUGGCUCCAGUCUUCUCAAGAGAGGCUUGGCGUUGUGUGUGGUAUAUGAUCCAGAAUGACUUGAUUCAUGCUUGGGGCCUAGAUAUGCAACUGGGUUAUUGUGCACAGGGUGAUCGAACUAAAAAUGUUGGGGUAGUGGACUCCGAUUAUAUAGUUCAUUAUGGUCUCCCUACAUUAGGAGCUAAUGACCCGGACAAGACAACUCCACCAGUGCAGGACGAUGAUUCUGAACCUGAAAAAAUAACGACAACAACUACUGCAGAACCACCAAUCUCAAAAUUGCCAGUUUCAUCAACGUCUCCAAUUAAUUUUAGAGUUGAAGUGAGGAGGCAGUCCUAUAUCGAAUAUAAUAUCUUCAAAAAACGGUGGAGACAGGCUGUUAAGGAGGACAAAUGUUGGAAAGACCCCUACCAACAGUUGGGAGAGAAAAACACACACUAGUCAGUAUUUAAACAUCUUUUUCACUUCCAGUGUAAUGUAUGCAUGCUUUUGCAUCACAGACACAAAAAAGGGAAAAGGCUAAGACAAAGACAAAGACAAAGGCAAAGGCAAAGGCAAAGGCGAAGACACUACAGCAGAUACUCCCUCACUGAUCAGGAAUUAUGUUGUAAAGAUCUGUUAUGGAAAAAAUAUUGGGUGUCCAAAAAUGUAUUCUUUACUGUGUGGAGAAGUUCAAAGCUUCAAAUUCUCCUCUCCCCGUCUUGAUAUAUUUUGUAAUCCAGACCUUGUAAUAUAUCACACAUUUUUUUUCAAAAUAAAGAUAUAUGUAUACAAGCUA